AUGUCGAAUUUAGGCCAAGAAGAUCACCAUCACCACGACGUGAACCCACUCUUCAUCGGACUCCUCGGGGUCAUUGCCGGGGCAAUCAUAGUCGCCACACUCCAUUUCAUGCUCCUCGGCUGGUGCAACUCCGAAGAGAGGCGCCAAGAAGCGCAGCAAAAUGAGCGCCCGUGGCGAAACGUCCGAAUCGGCAAUACUACGAGAGCAAACAUAGCUAGUAGCAGCAGUAUGAGUAACUCGAGCCUGCAAUCAAUCCCAACUUUCAAGUACACCAAAGAGUGCAAUGAAGGCGUAUGUGCAAUAUGUCUCGGUGAAUUCAAAGAAAAUGAGAAUUUACGAAUAUUGCCCGAAUGCGCACAUCAUUUUCAUGUUCCGUGUAUUGAUCGGUGGCUAGGUUCGCACCCGAAUUGCCCGCUUUGUCGUGCCGACAUUAUGCCUUCUGUUCCAGAACCGGCCGCAGCCGUGUCUUCGAGGGAUAGUUUUGAUCAUUUGGAUAUCUUGUUCCAGGAACAUGUCGAGGCAGUGUCGUCGCGAAAUGAUCAUGUCCUGGAAGUGCCGUCACAAGAUAAUACGAGUGAGGCAAAUAUAGUGUCAUUAGAACAUGUUGUGACGAUUUCAACGAGGAGUGAUGCGGAUCAUGCGGGGGCAACUUCGUCAUCGGAAAUAUCAGUUGGCGCUCAUUAG